GCCACCCCGUGCAAUAGUGGAAAGGCCAUCAACGAUCCAAGAUGGCUGCGCCCAUGACCAAAAUGCCGAGUGCUCUUUCUCUAGAAAUUCUUGCUGAAUGUAGCACGACAAAGGCACGGACUUGUAAGUUGGAGCUUCCACAUCAAACAGUGGAUACUCCUGUUUUCAUGCCGGUCGGGACUCAGGGUACGAUGAAGGGCCUGACGACGUCACAACUCGAACAACUUAACUGCCAGUUGAUUUUGGGCAACACGUACCACCUGGGCAUGCGCCCUGGACCAGAACUUUUAGAAAAGGCAGGAGGACUACACAAAUUUAUGAAUUGGAAAAGAGCGCUUCUUACAGAUAGUGGAGGAUUCCAGAUGGUCUCACUUCUUGAAUUGGCUGAAAUUACAGAGGAAGGAGUGAAGUUUCAGUCACCCUACACCAAGGAAGAGAUGCUCUUGACACCAGAGAAGUCUGUUGAGAUCCAGGCAAACAUUGGCGCUGAUAUCAUCAUGCAGCUUGAUGAUGUGGUGCACAGUCUGACGACUGGACCACGGGUGGAAGAAGCAAUGUACAGGUCAAUACGUUGGUUGGACAGGUGCAUAGCUGCCCAAAAGCGACCUCGUGAACAGAAUUUGUUUGCAAUUAUACAGGGGGGUCUGGACACCAGACUACGGACCAUUUGUGCAAAAGAAAUGGUGAAAAGAGACACUCCUGGUUACGCCAUUGGUGGCUUGAGUGGAGGGGAGGAGAAGGAUUAUUUCUGGAAGAUGGUGACGUUGUCAACAGACAUACUGCCCAGAGAAAAACCACGAUACUGCAUGGGAGUUGGAUAUGCAGUGGAUCUAGUUGUGUGCUGUGCACUGGGUGUAGAUAUGUAUGACUGUGUGUUCCCAACAAGAACCGCUCGUUUUGGUUCGGCGCUUGUCAAGACUGGCCAGCUGCACUUGAACCAGAAGCAGUAUGCCAAAGACUUCCGGCCGAUAGAUGAGAACUGUGACUGUUCUACCUGUAAACAACACACACGAGCCUACCUCAACACCAUAGCUGGCCGUGAGAGUGUCGCUUGUCAGCUCAUCAGUGUGCACAACCUCAAAUUCCAGAUGGACCUGAUGAGGGAUAUAAGGCAAGCGAUCAUAGAUGACCGGUACCCGGCAUUCAUUAAGGAUUACAUGAAGACCGUCUACCCAGCUGGAGACUAUCCUACAUGGCUACGAGACUCCUUGGCAUCCGUCAAUGUGGAUCUGAAUAGCUGACAACAAUAAACAUAGAAAUUAAUAUUGUAUUUUGAAAGCAUGCUUUGAGACGGCACGUGAUUGUUUUAAAUUUGGAAUCAUCGAUUUUGACAAAAUUAAUAAGCCCCUUGGAUCUAAUGAAAUGUCAAGAAAAUGCAAGCAUACAUUUGGUCUUCCAUCCCCAUGCCAUCUUUAAAAAAAA